GCAAUUUUGCACCACAAUGCAUUUGUGAAAAUAUACAUUUAAUUAAUUUUUUUAUUAAUUAUUAUUUAUUAUCAUUUUUCUACUGUUUGUUAGUUUUAUUAUUCAAUUACUUAUUAUUAACAAAUUUCUAUUAUUACACGUGUAAAUUCGCAACAAAGCUGUAUUACGCGAACCGUUGUCGUGCAUAACACUGCCAAUUUUAGAUUCUGCAAUUUGUUCCUUCCAUCCAAUAUCUCCGACUCAUCCGAAGCCUAAACUAUCAACGAAACGAGGCAAGAAGACGCAUUAAUAAUACGUCGGUCAUUCCACCAGGACCGACAGGACGGUGUUAGGAACCACAUUUUUCAAGUCAUGCCUGUUAAUGCGGUGAACAAGGGGCUGAGUCUGGAUCCCAAUGGUGUAUGCAUCGAGGGGCAUUGAGAUGCAAACACUAGGCCAGGUAAAUCAUGACAAGUGGACAACACGUAUUACAAAGUCAAUGAAUGAAGAUGACCGUUUUAAUUUUAUUAUUGAAAAAUAUCGCAAUAUCGCACGUAUAUCGUUCAUCGUUACUCUUCUUGCGAACAAUGUGAGAAUACUUGAAAAUCAUAUCGAUAUGUCUUGCACUUGGUUGAUAUAUCUUAUUAGAUUUCUCUCUUCAUCGCAAAGGUACUAUGUGCCGCGUGCAGCAUCUAUCGUGGCACUUGGGAGCACGAUUGGCAGCGAUCCAGCAAGGUGUCGAUUCAAGGCCACGCAUGGCGUUCUCCAGCGUUCUCUCAGUUUCUCUCCUUGCCUUCCACAUGGGCGUGACAAGUGACGUCAUUGCAUUCACGUGACCGAUAACGUGACGGAAUGGCAGAAAAAUUUACGCUGAGGUUGUCUGUGUAAUAAGAUGUAAUCUUGAUUAUAAUAAAAAUUAUGCGAUAUUCCUGCACACCUGUUUACAGUUAAGGGAAUUGAUAAAACCUAGCUAUUGAUUGAACAAUUCAUAUAGCGAUUACAAAUCCCUCGUAUCAUUUUAUUCGUUAUACAUGCAUUCCAUUUUUUUCAUAAUUUGAAACAUCAAGUCUGGUAAUUUCGUGUGUCUUGAAUAAAUUUCGGAAGUACAUUGCCCUCUACUGACGUCGAUGAUCGAUGAAGAAUUAAAAUCUUUCACAAGAUAUUGUUUCGCUGCU